AAAAAAAAAAACACAAACCCGAGCUUGGCUAAAAUGGCGGAAAUGGCAGUGUCUUUUGCUAUUGACAAACUGCUUCCAUUGUUAAUAGAAGAAGUCAAUCUGCUCAAAGGUGUUCACAAGGAAUUUGCAGACAUUAAAGAUGAACUGGAAAGCAUGCAAGCAUUCCUUAAGGAUGCUGAUAGAAGAGCUGCAACUGAAGGAGAUAUCGAUAAUACUAGUGAAGGAGUCAAAACAUGGGUGAAACAUGUGAGGGAAGCAGCUUUUCGCAUAGAAGACAUCAUUGAUGAUUAUUUGAUCCAUGUGGAACAACAACCUCUCGAUGAUACCACCGGGUGUGUAGCUGUACUCCAUAAGAUUGCUCAAUUACUCAAAACUAUGAUCCAUCAACAUCAAAUUGCAUCUGAGAUUCAAGACAUCAAGUUAUCUGUUCGUGGAAUCAAAGAAAGAAGUAAAAGAUAUGGGUUCCAAAUCCAAAAUUCUAUUGAACAAGGAUCAAGAAGCUUUAGAGGAAGCCAAAAUGCCAAAUGGCACGACCCUCGAAUGGCUUCUUUAUACCUUGAUGAAGCUGAAAUUAUAGGCUUUCAAGAACCCAAAAAUGAAUUAACUGGAUGGUUGUUAGAGGGAAGAUCUGAGCGCACGGUCAUCGCUGUGGUAGGUAUGGGAGGGCUAGGAAAAACCACUCUUGCCAAACAGGUUUUUAAUAACAAAGAGGUAGUGGGACACUUUGAUUGUCGUGUAUGGAUCACAGUGUCAGAAUCAUACUAUAUAGAAGGGUUGCUGAGAGGCAUGUUGAAUGAGCUUUACAAACAAAAAGGGGACACUCCUCCUCAAGAUAUCUCUCAAAUGGAUCGAGGGUCGUUGAUUUCUGUGCUAAGAAACUACUUGCAACAAAAGAGGUAUGUUUUUGUGUUUGAUGAUGUAUGGAACAUACAUUUUUGGAAUGAGAUUGAAAAUGCAUGUAUUGAUAAUAGAAUGGGGAGUAAGAUAUUUAUUACAACUAGAAAAAUGGAUGUUGCCAAAAAUUGUCAAAAAUCAUCUUUUAUUGAAGUGCAUCAAUUGCAACCUUUAACGGAUGAUCAAUCUUUUGAGUUGUUCAAAAAGAAGACAUUCCAAUUUGACGACUCUGAUGGAUGUUGUCCAAAUAAGCUCAAUGAUAUAUCUUUCAAAAUUGCUAAAAAAUGCAAAGGUUUACCACUAGCAAUUGUUGCCAUUGGUGGUCUAUUGUCUACAAAAGAGAAAAAUGUUAUUGAGUGGCGAAGAUUUUGUAAAAAUAUGACUUUAGAACUAAAGAAGGAUUCUAAUUUGAUAGCUAUAAACAAAAUUUUAGCUUUAAGCUAUGAGGAUUUGCCUUUUCAUCUUAAGUCAUGUUUGUUGUAUUUUGGAAUGUAUCCAGAAGAUUACAUAGUUCACUCAAAGACACUGAUUCGACAAUGGAUAGCUGAAGGAUUUGUGAAAGAAGAAAGUGGGAAUACUUUGGAAGAAGUGGCAGAAGGAUAUUUAACAGAGUUGAUCCAUAGAAGUUUGGUGCAAGUAUCUUCUGUUACAAUUGAUGGAAAAACUAAAAGUUGUUGUGUUCAUGAUCUAACACGUGCGAUGAUUCUUGAAAAGUGUGAAGAUUUAAGUUUCUGCAAGAAUAUCAGUGGAAAUGGUCAUUCAUCUUUAUCUGGAAGUAUCCGGCGCCUAUCAAUAACAACCCAUUCCAAUGAUUUUAUGAAACGUAUUGAAAACUCACGUGUUCGAUCACUAUUUCUUUUCGCAGAUAAUUCACAACUUUUGAGCGAAGAUUUUACGAGGAGAAUCUUUAGAGAAUAUAGGCGCUUGAAGGUGCUUGAGUUUGGUGUUUUCUCUAAUGUUAGAUUGAGUAAUAUCCUUCGUGAAAAUUUGGGAAGCUUGAUUCACUUGAAGUAUUUAAGCUUCAAUAUUGUUGAACUUAUUAAACUUCCCGAAUCAAUUUCCAUGCUCCAAAACCUGGAGACUUUGGAUAUGAGACAUACCAUAUUUUAUGACCUACCAAAGGAGGUUAGCAAGCUUAGAAAGUUACAACAUCUUUUGAGCUCCGGAAUGUGGAUGUUUAAAUUGAAGGGUGGUAUAGGAGGCAUGGAAUCCCUACAAACUCUGAGUAGUGUGAAAAUUGAAGAUGGUGAUGAUGGAAUAAAGAUAAUUAAAGAGCUGGGAAAGCUAAGGCAGUUAAGGAAAUUGAGCUUGUUUCAUGUGAUGGAAGACCAUAUAAGCACUUUAUCUUCUUCAUUGAAUGAGAUGCAACAUUUGGAGAAUCUAAGCAUUCUGUCAAUAACCGUUACAAAAAAUUGUUAUGAUUUAACUGAUUUGCAUUUGAAUCCACCUCCAUCUAAGCUUCGAACUCUUAAACUAAUAGGAAUGUUGAAGAAGUUUCCAGAAUGGAUUCUUCAACUUCAAAAUCUUGUUAAGUUGAAGUUAGAAUAUACCAAGUUAAUUGAUGAUCCAAUAAAGUUGUUAGAAAACAUGCAAAACUUGUUGUUCCUUUCAAUCAUCAAAGAUGCUUAUAAAGGUGAAAGUUUACAUUUUCAUGAUGGAGGGUUUCAAAAUCUAAAGGAACUACACCUCAUUGGUUUGACUAACUUGUAUUCAAUUGUAAUUGAAAAAGGAGCAUUGCAAUCUCUAAAAAAGUUCGAGUUAUACGAUAUCCCCAACCUCAAGACUGUUCCUGCUGGCAUCCAACACUUAGAAAAACUUCAAGUUCUCAAUGUUCGAGAUGUGCCACAUGUAGAACUUUAUCCUAAACUUUAAGGAGUUAGAAAUCAUAAGCCAUCCAACUUCAAGGGGGGAGAAAAGGUGGUUGGCUUCUAGUGCGAUGGAAAUUCAGAUUUCUCCAAGUGGAAUUCUACAAUAAUGGCAUCUUUAUUUAUGUUUUUGUUUCUUUGUUGGACAUUUGAGUUAUUUGUGAUGUAUCAUGUAUGUAAGAUGUUGUGAGAGCUUUCCUUUCGAGAAUUGUAAGAGAUAAUUAUUUAUUAUAUUCAAACUGCACUCUUUUUCCCUACAUCAAGGUUUUAUCCCACUGGGUUUUCCUUGAUGAGGUUUUUAAUGAGGCAGUUGACCAAUAAUUUGGUAUGCAUUGUUGUUAUUUUGGGUAUUGGUCUAGUCCCCCAAGCUUUUUCUUUUUUAUUUUAAUAAUAUUUGGUUAAAGUUGAGCAUUUUGAAUGUGGAUGAAAAUGUGCCAACAUAGUUGGGAUGUAUGUGGCUUCAUCUUUUGCUUCGCUUUAACUUCUAUUGGUGCUUAAAUUGGAAAAAUUAGCAGAAAAAUUUUUGGUCAGGAACAGUGGGAGGGGGGUGUUUGAAUGAAUUUUCUGGUGAGUUGGAGGUGCAUACUUUGAAUGUAUUGUUGUUUUGAUUGUAUAUUUGGUCAUUUUAGAAUGUCAUUUGUUGAAAGAUUAUAAUUUCUUUUAGAUUCAA